AUGUCGAACGUUGAUCUCGCUAAGCUCUUCAACGCUCGUGUUCGCAGGAGAUUCUACAGAGGGUUAAAGAAGAAACCUCUGAUUCUGAUCAAGAAGCUACGGAAGGCGAAGAAAGAAGCAGGUGAUGAGAAGAAGCCAGAAGCGGUGAAAGCACAUCUGAGGAACAUGGUUAUUGUUCCUGAGAUGAUUGGAAGUGUUGUUGGAGUUCACAACGGAAAGAAGUUUGAAGAAAUCGUGAUUAAACCGGAGAUGAUAGGUCAUUAUCUUGCGGAAUUUUCGAUGACUUGCAAGAAAGUUAGACAUGAUAGGCCACGUAUCUGUGGUUGUGGUUGUUUCCGUCGCUCCACCAGGUUUAUUCCUCUCAGGUGA